AUGGUUCUUGGAAGCCAGGCUCUCCUGCUCGGUGGCCUCCUAGCGGUCGCUACUGGUAGCCCAACGCCCCAGUGGGGCGACUGGCACAGCAAUGUCUCCACAUCACCUGCCAGCUCGACCUGCUCCGACUCCUACGGCCCUACAGCGGCGCCAUAUCUCAAUGAUCUGGCCCAUAGUGCUGGCCUGCAGUACUUCGGGUCCGCCACUGACCAGCCAGGAAGCGGUGAAGACACGAACUAUGUUUACCAGCUAAUUCUUAAUGACACGCGCAUCUUCGGACAAGUGACUCCGGCAAAUUACAUGAAGUACUUCGCCACCGAGCCUGAGCAGAACGUCUUCAACUAUACCGGUGGUGAGGUGGCUGUCCAUAUAGCCCAAGAUCAUGGCAAGGUGCUCCGUUGCCAUAAUCUCAUCUGGCUCAGCCAGCUACCGGACUGGGUUGUGAACGGAACAUGGACCUGUGACGAGCUCAUCUCUGUCAUGGAGAAUCACAUUACCAAUCUGGUGACCCACUGGGCAGAUGUUUGUUAUGCCUGGGACGUUGUUAACGAGGCCCUGAAUCAGAACGGCACAUGGGCCUCCAGCAUCUGGUAUGAUACGAUCGGAGAGGACUAUUUCUACCUAGCCUACCAAUUCGCUGCAAACGCCGCGGACGCCACUGGCAAAGAUAUCAAGCUCUACUAUAACGACUAUGGCAUUGAGAAUGCCAAUAACAAGUCGGCAGCCCUUCUCAACACAGUGCUCCCUGAGUUCAAGGCGCGCGGGAUCCGCAUAGACGGUAUAGGUCUUGAGUCACACUUUACUGUUGGUCAGACGCCCAACUAUACCGCGCAGAUCGAUAUUCAUCAACAGUACGCCUCAUUCGGCCUCGAGGUCGCAGUCACGGAGCUCGACAUUCGCCUCGAAGAUGCUUCAACUGCUCACACCAAUAGUUCCGGGCAAGCGAUACAGGCUCAGGAGUACUACGAUACCGUCAAGGCCUGCGUGGACAGUGGAAAUUGUGUGGGCGUUACUGUGUGGGACUUUUACGACUACUACAGCUGGAUUCCCUCAACAUUCCCGGGCGAGGGCGCUGCCGAUCUAUAUUGGGAGGACUUCACCAGGAAACCGGCUUAUCAGGCUGUCGCAGAUGCGUUGGAGGGUGUUCCUUGCAGUGUUUGCGGGUAA